UGGCAGGGAGUUUGAACGGUGGAGACUUAGAGCUUAAAAAGACUCCAAGACCGACCCAGAACUGCUACUUUUCUCCUGAACAGUUACGGAAGACUUCAGAUGACAACAGUGUGCCACAGAAUGCAAAGAAAGUGACAGCAUCCCAGCAGAAUAUUUCAGCAGCUCUUCAAAGUGCUUUAAAGAGCACAUCACAGACAUUGGUGACACCCAUCAUUCAUACCAGUACCCAAACAGACCCACCCAGCCUUUUAUGUCGGGCUACACAACUUUCUAGGGGUACAUUAGGCCCUCACUUUAGAAGCAAAGGUACCCAAACAGAGUCUUUCAUCACAAGUACGAGUAUUGCAACAAGUACUUUGGAUGCACCGUGGGGGCCUGUACACUCUACACCCAUUAAGUCUGUUGUUCCAAGGGCAGCUAAAAGACCUUGGGUAGAUGAAGAGGAGGAGGAGGAUGAAGAGAGUGACCACUGCACAGUACCAACUGAACCCCAGUCCUCCACCUAUGAUCCAGCUCAGUCAAUAAGCAGUGUAAUAGAACCAUCACAGAUUACUGAUACAUCUUCAACUGGUUACAAAGACUUCAAGUACAUAGUAUUUGAGAAGAACCUCAUGGAACUUUUUGAAACUUGUCCAGUGUGCAGCCGGUUAUCAGAUGUAAAGACCUACAGACGAGGAACGUUUGUGUCCAUCAUCCAAAAAUGCCAUCACUGCCAAUAUUCCAAGAAAUGGAAGAGCCAGCCACUAAUUGGGAGCUCCCCUGUAGGCAACAUACAACUGUCUGCUGCUAUAUACUUCACAGGCUCUUCAUAUUUUCAAGUCAAAAAGGUAUUUCAAGCCAUGCAUCUGCGAAACAUCAGCUACACAGCAUUCCGUAGGCAUGCAAACAGUUACCUAGAACCAGCUGUGGUACACAAAUGGCGCCAGUACCAAGAAACUGAAUUACAGUUCUUGAGCCAGAGAAAAGUCAAGAUUGGAGGGGACAUGCGAGCAGAUUCACCAGGCCACUCUGCCAAAUAUGUAACUUACAGUGUAAUGAAUCUGGAGACCAACAACAUCAUCGACAUUCAACUAAUACAGAGCAAUGAGGUUGGAGGGAGCCACAACAUGGAGAAAGAGGGACUGAAAAGAAGCCUACAGCAUUUGGAGUCCAAGGGUGUGGCAGUCGAUUACAUUGUCACUGACCGUCAUCCCCAGAUCCAAAAAUUUCUCCGUGACAGACAAAUAACCCACUACUAUGAUGUCUGGCAUUUGGAAAAAGGAAAGGUGGCGAAAGAAAAGGACUGCGAGGUGGUGAAGAAGUGGCAGCAGGGAAUCAAGAACCAUGUCUACUGGUGUGCAACUUCCUCAUCCUCAGGGCCAGAGAAAGUUGCCAAAUGGACAUCUGUGGUGAACCACGUGCAAGACAAACACACCCACGACAACCCUCUCUACCCACAAUGCCAACAUCCAAUCCGUCAGAGCAGAGAUCGUAAGAAGUGGUUUCAGCCAGGUUCCAAAGCCCUCUACAAAUUGGAGAAAAUACUGACCAAUAAGAGGGUCCUCGGUGACGUUGAGAGGCUAAGCUCCCAUUACCAGACCUCAACACUGGAGGCAUUCCAUAGUGUGAUUUUGCGCUUCACACCCAAAAGUGUGGUCUUCCCUUUCAUUGGGAUGUUAUGCAGACUAUAUCUGGCUGCAAUGCACUUUAAUGAAAAUGCUGGUCGGACUCAAGCCAGAACAACUUCAGGAGUACUGAGGUACCGAUUGCAUUUUCCAAAGGCCAAAAAGGGAGGACACACCGUGAAGUCAGUAAAAUCACCACCAACAUACUGCUACGUCUACAACCUGAUUGCUGCAGUGUUUGACGACAUCGUCCCCAAUCCCCAGCCCUACUUGGAGGAGUUCAAAAAGAUCCCUAUUCCUGGUGACUUGUCCUCAGAGUUCUACCGUCCUCCACUGACAGAAGCUGUGGCUGCAUACAGGUCUCGCUUUAGCCAAGAGCAGCCCUAAAGCCGACAUAUUGGCCCUCUGUGUCUGGGAAUUCCCUUCUGAUCCGCAGGACAACACAAGCUGGAACAACAACUCGGACCUUUCUCCCUAAAUAACCCCAGCACCAGCUUACAAAUGACCUGUAGGCCAGAUGUCUGCAUCGCCUAGUAAACAGAGAAAUUUGUAAAUUCUGAACAUUGUUUCGAUGUUAUUUUGUUUUGCCUUAUUUUUCAAUUCUACUCUAUGUAAAUAUAAUAAAA